UUAAGGUUUUAAUUCGUAGAAGUGGGAGAGUGUUUAUGGAGUGAAGUUGUCUGAAUUGGCAGUUUCGACCUAGUCCUUCCAUUCCUGUCAGAAGAGGAGAAGAGAGACAAACAGCAGUUACAGAUUUUAACCCUAAUAUGCUUCAAACAGUUGGAUUUGAGAUAGUCUUUCUCACUAAUGAAUACAUGGAGAAGCCUUUGACAGUAAUCUAAUUAUUGCAGAUUUAUUAAUAAAAAGAACCGUCAGAUAAAGUAUUAGAAGGAACUUAGCUCUAAGAUAAGGAUCCUUUGAUGUUGUUUAAGAGAGAAAAAGAAGCAUGUAAAAUUAAUGAAGUUAUCUCUGGAGUUACAUACAAUGACUACCAACAUUUAAGGUUGUGAAUAUCUAUACAAAAAUGAGAUGAACUCAACAAAAUUAAAAGCAUGAACCAGGUUCAUAUUUAUAGAAAGAGGAAAGAAAUGAUGGUUUAUGCCUUUAAUUAUGUCUUACUCAUUGACCAUUUAGUAGCUUUGAAUAAAUCCAAAAUCGUUAAUAAUGCCAAAGAUGAGUAUGCUCCAACCUUUCAAGUCAUUAUCAAAAAGCUUGGAUAGGCUGAGAAAGAAAAAAGAGGCAAUAUAGAGCUAUAUGAUUUAAGAAAGGCCAAUAAUAUCAUUGAGUCUGGACUCAGAUUUGAAAAACUGACAUAUUAAUAUCUUCUGAAUAGUCUAAC